CUGAGGCUGGGACUGUCACUCAUUCUCCGAUCAGCGCGUGAACGCAGCUCGGCAGCCGCUGGCAGGAAACAAUUCUGCAAAAAUAAUCAUACUCAGCCUGGCAAUUGUCUGCCCCUAGGUCUGUUGCUCUGCUGCCGUCCACACUCUGCAAGGGGGGGGGGCACAGAAUUUACCGCGGCAAGAACAUCCCUCCCAGCCAGCAGAUUACAAUGCUGCAAACUAAGGAUCUCAUCUGGACUUUGUUUUUCCUGGGAACUGCAGUUUCUCUGCAGGUGGAUAUCGUCCCCAGCCAAGGAGAAAUCAGCGUUGGAGAAUCCAAAUUCUUCUUAUGCCAAGUGGCAGGAGAUGCCAAAGACAAAGACAUCUCCUGGUUCUCCCCCAAUGGAGAGAAGCUCACCCCGAACCAGCAGCGGAUCUCCGUGGUGUGGAACGACGACUCCUCCUCCACGCUCACCAUCUACAACGCCAACAUUGACGACGCUGGCAUUUACAAGUGUGUGGUCACUGGCGAGGAUGGCAGCGAGUCAGAGGCCACGGUCAAUGUGAAGAUCUUCCAGAAGCUCAUGUUCAAGAAUGCACCAACCCCACAAGAGUUCAGGGAGGGGGAAGAUGCCGUGAUCGUGUGUGAUGUGGUCAGCUCCCUCCCUCCGACCAUCAUCUGGAAACACAAAGGCCGAGAUGUCGUCCUGACGAAAGACGUCCGAUUCAUAGUCCUGUCCAACAACUACCUGCAGAUCCGGGACAUCAAGAAAACAGAUGAGGGCACUUAUCGCUGCGAGGGCAGGAUCCUGGCACGGGGGGAGAUCAACUUCAAGGACAUUCAGGUCAUUGUGAACGUGCCGCCCACCGUCCAGGCCAGGCAGAGCAUCGUGAAUGCCACCGCCAACCUCAGCCAGUCCGUCACCCUGGUGUGCGACGCCAAAGGCUUCCCAGAACCCACCAUGAGCUGGACAAAGGACGGGGAACAGAUAGAGAACGAGGAAGACGAGAAGUAUAUCUUCAGCGAUGACAGUUCCGAGCUGACCAUCAGGAAGGUGGACAAGAGUGACGAGGCGGAGUACGUGUGCAUCGCCGAGAAUAAGGCCGGAGAGCAGGAUGCGUCCAUCCACCUCAAAGUCUUCGCAAAACCCAAAAUCACCUAUGUAGAGAACCAGACCGCGAUGGAGCUAGAGGAACAAGUCACUCUGACCUGCGAAGCCUCGGGAGACCCCAUUCCCACCAUCACCUGGAGGACCUCUACCCGGAACAUCAGCAGCGAAGAAAAGACUCUGGACGGGCACUUGGUGGUGCACAGCCACGCCCGCGUGUCGUCCCUCACCCUGAAGAGCAUCCAGUACACGGACGCGGGAGAGUACGUCUGCACGGCCAGCAACACCAUCGGCCAGGACUCCCAGUCCAUGUACCUGGAAGUGCAGUAUGCCCCCAAGCUGCAGGGCCCCGUGGCCGUGUACACGUGGGAGGGGAACCAGGUGAACAUCACAUGCGAGGUAUUUGCCUACCCCAGUGCCACCAUCUCGUGGUUUCGAGACGGUCAGCUGCUACCGAGCUCCAACUACAGCAAUAUCAAGAUCUACAACACCCCUUCCGCCAGCUAUCUGGAGGUGACCCCAGAUUCCGAAAACGAUUUCGGAAAUUACAACUGUACUGCAGUGAACCGCAUUGGGCAGGAGUCUUUGGAGUUCAUCCUCGUCCAAGCAGACACCCCAUCUUCGCCGUCCAUCGACCAGGUGGAGCCAUACUCUAGCACAGCACAGGUGCAGUUUGAUGAGCCCGAGGCCACUGGUGGGGUGCCCAUCCUCAAAUACAAGGCGGAGUGGAGAGCCGUGGGCGAGGAAGUGUGGCAUUUCAAGUGGUAUGAUGCCAAAGAAGCCAGCAUGGAAGGCAUCGUCACCAUCGUGGGCUUGAAGCCUGAGACCACAUACGCCGUGCGGCUGGCAGCCCUCAACGGCAAGGGUCUGGGUGAGAUCAGCACAGCCUCCGAGUUCAAGACACAGCCAGUCCGUGAACCCAGCGCACCUAAGCUCGAAGGGCAGAUGGGAGAGGACGGAAACUCCAUUAAGGUGAACCUGAUCAAGCAGGAUGACGGUGGCUCCCCCAUCAGGCACUACCUGGUCAAGUACCGAGCGCUCUCCUCCGAGUGGAAACCAGAGAUCCGACUCCCGUCUGGCAGUGACCACGUCAUGCUCAAGUCCCUGGAAUGGAAUGCGGAGUAUGAGGUCUACGUGGUGGCUGAGAACCAGCAGGGGAAGUCCAAGGCGGCUCACUUUGUGUUCAGGACCUCGGCCCAGCCCACGGCCAUCCCAGCCAACGGCAGCCCCACAUCAGGCCUGAGCACUGGGGCCAUCGUGGGCAUCCUCAUUGUCAUCUUUGUCCUGCUCCUGGUGGCGGUGGACGUCACCUGCUACUUCCUGAACAAGUGCGGCCUGCUCAUGUGCAUCGCUGUCAACCUGUGCGGAAAGGCGGGGCCCGGAGCCAAGGGCAAGGACAUGGAGGAGGGCAAAGCCGCCUUCUCGAAAGAUGAGUCCAAGGAGCCCAUCGUGGAGGUGCGGACCGAGGAGGAGCGGACCCCAAACCAUGACGGAGGGAAACACACGGAGCCCAACGAGACCACACCGCUGACAGAGCCCGAGAAGGGCCCAGUAGAAGCAAAGUCGGAGUGCCAGGAGACAGAAACGAAGCCAGCGCCCGCCGAAGUCAAGACGGUCCCCAACGACGCCACACAAACAAAGGAGAACGAGAGCAAAGCAUGAUGGGUGACAAGAAAUGAGCAGAUCAAAGUAAAAAGUGACACCACAGCUUCACCAGAGCAUUCCCAAUAUCUCACACAUGCACACACACGCACACACACACAUCUCAUUCCUCUAGUGUCUUUUGCCUUUAAAAAAAAAAAA